UGUACCGAGAAAGUGGGGGCGGGGGAGGAGGAAGACUCAGGGUAGGAAUGGCGGCUCAAAUUCCAAUUGUGGCCACUACUUCCACUCCGGGGAUAGCUCGGAACAGCAAGAAGAGGCCAGCCAGUCCUUCCCACAACGGCAGCAGCGCUGGCGGUUACAGCGCCAGUAAAAAGAAAAAAGUGUCCGCCGCCGGCUUUACGCAGGGUAUCAGCAUGGAAGCCAUGAGCGAGAAUAAGAUGGUGCCCUCUGACUUCAGCGCGGGACCUAUGGAAAAAGCUGCCAAGCCAUUGCCAUUUAAGGAUCCAAACUUUGUGCACUCUGGCCACGGUGGCGCAGUCGCCGGCAAGAAGAACAGAACCUGGAAGAACCUGAAACAGAUCCUCGCCUCUGAAAGGGCAUUGCCGUGGCAACUGAACGAUCCCAACUACUUCAGUAUUGAUGCUCCUCCCUCCUUUAAACCAGCUAAGAAGUAUUCUGAUGUUUCAGGUCUUCUUGCCAACUACACUGACCCCCAGAGCAAGCUGCGGUUCAGCACCAUCGAAGAGUUUUCCUACAUCCGGAGGCUGCCCUCCGACGUCGUCACUGGCUACCUGGCCCUGAGAAAGGCCACGAGCAUCGUUCCCUGAGCCUGGAGAAGUGGGGAGGCGGUGGAAAGCUGUUUCAAAGGCAAACUUUGGACUCAUGAUUUUGUUUCAUGGAAACAAACUCAUUCUGCUGUCAAUCUGGAAAUGUCAGUGCUGUGCCUUGGAAAGAAUGUUUGGCUUAAAUUUCAGGGUUUUUUUUUUUUUUUCUUUUCUAUGUUUUCCCUCCAAGUGUGAUAUUUCCUGUUGAAUUAAAUUAUAUUUCAGUUGUUGCCUCA